AUGCUAGAUUUGAGCAAACGAUCGUUUUGGAAUUUUACAUUGAAAGAUAUAUUAAUUAUUAUAUCUUCAGUUGCUAUACCCAUAGCUCUUGCUAUUUAUACUGCAAUUGGUUCUCAACAACAAAAACAACAAGCUGAGAAAAAACAAAAGUUUGAUUUGGAACAAUCAACACAAUUAAGACAACAAACACUUUAUGAUGAAUUUUUAAAUAAUAUCUAUAAAUUAGAUAAAGAUGGUUAUCUCAAUGACACAAAAAAUCCAUGGGCAUUUGCAAAUGCAUAUUAUCGUGCUGCUCAUCGCCAAUGGGACACAAUACGUAAAGCAGAUGUUAUACAAUUUCUUAAAGAAAAACAAUUAAUUGGUAGAAAUAAUUGUACUAAUGGAUGUCGAACAACAAAAUUAGAUGAUAUAAUUCGUUUAAAUGAGUUAAAUUUUGAUAAGGUACAUUUAGCAAGUGAAACUGGUGUAUUAAAUAAGUUGAAUUUACAAUGUGUUUCUUUUGACCAAGUAUCAAUGUCAAAUGGGGAGUUCUCAUCUGUUAAUUUGAAUGGUGCAUCAUUUGAUGGAGGGCGAUUAGAUAAGGUGAAAUUUGAUGGUUCAUCUUUACUUUGUGCUAGUUUUAAUGGUGUAAAUCUGGCGGGUGCAGAUUUUGGAAACUCAAAUCUGACAGGUGCACACUUUUCAAACAGUGAUAUGACAGGAGUUAAAAUCACGAAGGAUCAAAUGAAACAGGCAUCUUUUGACAAUGUAAUUAUGUCAAACGGAAAGAAGAGUGAAAUUACAUCCUCAACGACAACAACAUCACCGAUAACAAAGCCAUCAACAACAACAACAUCCUCAUCAACAACAUCAAUCGGUCAGUAA